CACAGGAAAUAUCUUCCGCCGUAGAGAGCAUUUGUGAAGGGCUGCCAUUUUAGCGACCUUACGCACAGAUGAAUUAUGGGGGUCAAAGUGGUCCAGCUCACCUCCAAGUCGCACCAUGAAAACAUCCUGGCCUCUUUGCAUCAGCUGAGGCUGCAGGGACAGCUGAGUGAUGUUACAGUGCAGGUCGACUACCAGGGCGAGGUGCAUGAGUUUCAGGCCCACAAGGUGGUGCUUGCAGCAUCCAGUGGCUACUUCAAGAAGAUCCUCCUCUCUCAGGAUGCAGCCGGAGACAAAUUAUUAAUCUCAAAUAUGCACUCCAACGAUUUCUCCAGGUUUUUGGAAUUUGUUUACACUGGUAAAGUUGAGGUUGCCAGAGAUAAGAUUGGUGAUGUUCAAGCAGCGGCACAGUUGUUGGAUUGUGAGGAUCUGUCAGGGGUUUGUGGUGAGGCCAUGAGUGCUGGAAUCCUACAGAAACCUACUAAGAAAACACCUGCAUCAAAAGUUGGAGGUAAAGAUGAUUUACAGGGUGACAAGAACGGAAAAGAGGCCAAAGGGAAGAAGCAGCCUGAAAGCUUAUUUCUUAAGCGGCAGCUCUCUCCCCAGAGCUCUGAGAAAGAAGUCAGUUCAAAAAGAUUUAAGGCAAAGAACACAGAGAAGGAAAAAACAAGACGAGGAGGAGAGGUUAAACAGAGGGUGGCUGGCCGUAAAGUCCUUCAGAGGCGUUUAGAUAUUAAAAGAGAGGUUUUUAAUAAUGAAAACCAGGUUACCAAUGAAGACUCAGAGGAGUAUGAGGACAGCACUAAAGCCGAGGCUCAGCCAGAAAAUAAAGCAGAGAAAGGGGAUGAGUCUGAUGUGGACGACUGGGAAUUUGAGAACGACGUGCAGAGCACUGAUCCUGAAGACCCCUCGUUAUCUUUGGGGGAGGAGGGGGAGGAGGGACAGUCCAAGGAGACAUCAAAAAGAACGUCCAAAGCCCAGUUCCAGUGUAACAAGUGCCAACGGACCUUCCACUAUGAAAGAAGCUACUUGAAGCACAUCAGUACAUACCAUGGAGUGAAAGCAGAUGUCGUGUAUCGCUGCGAGACCUGCCUGCAGACCUUUGCUAACCGCAGCAACUUGAAAAUCCAUGAAAAGCAUGUCCACAGCAAUGAGAGGCUUUUUCCCUGUGACUCCUGCCCAAAGACUUUUAAACGAAAGAAGGAUGUUGUCCGCCAUCAAAGACAGGUACACGAACGUAACAAUCUGCGUCAUGUCUGCCCUGACUGCGGAAAGGCACUCAGCUCCAAAACUGCUCUGUUGCUGCACGAGAGGACACACACAGGCGCAAAGCCCUUUGAGUGCAGCGACUGUGGGGCCAGGUUCACCCAGAACUCUGCCCUCAAGAUGCACCGCAGGACUCAUACAGGAGAGAAGCCAUUUGCGUGUGACGAGUGUGAUGCUCGGUUCACCCAGAAGCACAUGUUGGCCUAUCAUAAGAGAUCACAUACAGGAGAGAAGCCUUUCAUGUGUGAGGCAUGUGGGAAAAGCUUUGCCUCUAAAGAAUACUUAAGGCACCACUCAAACAUCCACACUGGGUCCAAACCAUACAAGUGUGAACAGUGUGGUCGAGGCUUCGCUCAGAGGAACUCCCUUCACCAGCAUUUAAAAAUACAUACAGGUGAGCGUCCGUACAGCUGUAAGGACUGUGAAAAGCAGUUCACCCAGCUCAACGCUCUCCAGAGGCACCAGCGUAUUCACACGGGGGAGAAACCCUACAUGUGUGGCCUUUGUAACCGCACUUUCACCGACAAGUCCACCCUUCGCAGGCACACUAUGAUUCAUGACUCAGAUGCUCCUUGGAAGACCUACUUGGUGGUGCUGGAGGGGAAUGUGGAGGACAAGAAACCCAAAACUCCCACUAAAGGAAAGACAGAAAAAGCAGGAGCAGGGGAGAAAAAGAGUUCAGCGAGAAAAAGUGGUGGUGCUGCUGCUGCUUCUACCGCUGCUGGUGCUGCUGGUAAAACCAACACAGACUCUGUUGUGGUCCCAACUGAGCCAGUCACUCUCCCAUCUGAAUGGGGCAGCCAUGGAACCAUUGCUCUGGUCAGCCAUAGUGGCCUCGGCGGGAUCACUGUCAUCCACACCGAAGUGCCUCCUGGGACACAGAUCCAGCCCAUCAUGACUGCCGACGGCACAGGGGCCAGCGUUAUUUCUUUAGAUGGUUCAGCCAUCCCUGUCCCCUUCUCUAUACCUGUGUCUAUGGCUCAUCCUAUCCCCUUGUCCUCUGAGGCCUCUUCCACCUCUUUGUCUGUACCCUCAGUUCUCUCAGUUCCUGUUCCUGAUGGCACGUUGGCGUCAGUAUCAGAGAUCCCGACUGUUUCGACCUCAUCUGUCCUGGAAGCUGCUGCUUCACAGACCAUUUUGGCUCCGGUUUCAGAGACAAAGACCACUUCUGAGAUGGACAUAUUACACCCCGAUAUUCAGACUGUGAUCAUCACUGACAAGGUUUGUGGAAAAGAACAAACGGCAGGUGUCCAAAGCAAUGGACAGCAAAGGACGGUGGAUAACUCUUCAGAUGAACCUAAAGGGGCCUCAGAUCAAGAAGCUGUGUAGAGAAUGUAUGUAAAAAAAAAAAAAAAAAAAAAGAUCUUCAUCUGGGUGUGUGAUCCCAUUUCAACCCCUCAUGUAUACUCUUUGAAGUAAGCAUUGCCUGAAUGUGUGUUCUGACUGUGUGAUGUUUCAUCAUCAUCAUCAUCCAAAAUCCAGUGUUUCAUUAACAGUCACUUGGAUGUGAUGUUCAGUGUUUACCACACCCCACCCUGCUGGGACGUCAAGGUAUUCAUUAAGAAUCACAAGAACCUGUUGAGCUUUAGUCACAUGCUUGAGAGAAAUACAACUAAAGUAUAAUCAAGGUGUUAUUAGGUAUAAUUACUGAAUGAAAUAAUAUUGUACAAGUCUUAUAAUGUACAGUGUGAAAUGUGGCAUAAAUAAUAUUGACUACAAAUAAAAUGAAGGUGAUCUUUA